AUGGCUGAUACACCAGUUGAUACAUCGGCUGAUCAAUUAGAUUCCAAGAGUGCGACUAUACCAACACCAACGCCGAAACCCGAGAAAUUUGAUGUUGAGGACUCUAUUGAAGUAACAGUAAAGAGUGGCAAAAAACUAAGUCCUCUGGUUAAAACUCUUCUUGUUCUACUUGUGAUCGCGGUUGUGGCGACCGUCGUCACUGUUCCAAGCGUUCUCUUAACUCGAUCGACAUCAAAACCUUCAACUGUUCCCGAGGAGACUACUUCGUCUGAUAUAUCGUCAACGAUAGUUGUCACUUCGACAGUCGUAGAAGCAACAUCUGGCACCGCUUCAACAGCCGCAGAAGCAACGUCUGGCGCUGCUUCGACAGCCAUAGAAACAACACUGAACGCCGCUACUACAAUCACUACUACUGUAAUAGAACCGGUCGGAUGGCUUAACACUGGUAACAUGAAUACUGCACGAUUUCAUCAUACAGCAUCCGUAUUAACAAAUAGAAAAGUGUUAGUUACUGGUGGAGAGAACAUUAGUUUUGUUUUUAGUAGUACUGAAUUGUAUGAUCCAUCAAUUGGAACUUGGACAAUCGCUAGUACUAUGAAUAAUGCACGUCGAGACCACACAGCAUCCGUUUUACUAAAUGGAAGAGUAUUAGUUACUGGUGGAUAUAAUGGUACUUUUGAUCUAGAUAGUGCUGAGUUGUAUGAUCCAACAACAGGAGCUUGGACAAUAACUGGUAGUAUGAGUAAUGCACGAUAUUGGCAUACGGCAUCCGUAUUAAAAAAUGGACAANUCAUUUUUUUUCUUACUUUUUCAGUUUCUAUUGAUCAUUCUUGCUGA